AUGGAUUUCCUUGAAACCUUUGCCCCUGUAGUUCAUCUUGAGUCCAUCAGGGCCAUCCUAGCAUUAGCAGCAGUCAAUAACUGGGAAAUUGGCCAGAUAGAUGUUAAGGGAGCUUACCUGAAUGGAGACCUCCAGGAGGAGAUCUACAUGCGACAGCCGGAAGGCUUCAAUGACGAAAGUGGACGUCUGCACCGCGAGCUGACGGAGCUCGGGUAUAAGCGACUGGAGGCGGAUCCGUGUGUAUACCUGCGGGAGCAAAAAGGAGAAGUUCAGAUUAUUACAGUAUGGGUGGAUGACUUACUGUUAUUCACCAACUCUCCGAAGCUCAUGGAGGAGCUCAAGCACGACCUGCAGGACCUCUUCGAAGUCAUGGACCUUGGCGAGCCGCAGAAAAUCAUUGGGAUUGAAAUCGAGCGAGAUAGGGAAGUGGGAAAAAUCCAAAUCUCGCAACAGCACUACAUCAAGAGCAUUCUCAAGCGAUACCAGCUUGAGAACGCCAAUGCUGUAGGGAUGCCGCUCGAUCUGAAUGUGGCGUUCACAGCAGAGGACGAGAACGAGGAGGUGGACGACCAUUUGGCGGGAGGUUACGCGUCGAUGGUGGGAUCGCUGAUGUAUGCAGCAGUGGGAACAAGGCCAGAUAUUUCCUACGCUGUGCAGACGCUGAGCAAAUAUACAGCGUGCCCAUGA